CUCACUACUACUAUUCGUAAUGAAGUUGCACCCGUUCUGUCCAUGUUGACGAACACAAUUUUUGCAUUAAAGUUGUCAACGUGAGGAACAUUUUUUUGUUAGGAGCUGCAUCUCCACCUCCUAAAAAAGCAGGUCUUCUUCUAGAUGAAGAAGUUGACAAAAUCAACCAUCAUAUUGGGUAAAAGACCACGGUCUUCAUACGAAUUCGUAAGUCCAACAACAAAUGAAACGCAUGACGGAGAAGGUACUGAUGAGAAGGUUGUAGGGAGUUUAAAUCGCUCUAAAAAUGACAGAAAUCUUCAAAGGAACGCUCCAUCAUCUUCAAACUCAAAAAGGAAUCCAUUACAGAAUAUCACAAAUGCCAUAUCAAAUAAUAACACCACAAGUGCAUGCCAAAAAAGCACUGGCAAAUGGCGUUUUGGAAUGUCCCUAUUACCUGAAGAUGACUACGUUUUAUUUGAGUCGAACAUGUUUGAAGGACGUAUUUAAAACUCAUCAAGUAUGAAGGACACACCAAGAAUUGAGUGCAACAAUCACAAUGAAGGUCACCAUUUAGAGAAUGAAAUGGAUGGACAGUUCGAUGAUGAUGAAGGACUACCUGUUGAUGAGGAGGAUGCAGAAUAUGCAAUAUGCUCGACAGAAGACUAUGUAGAUCUCCAUGAUGCUAUUUACGAGUGCGAGUACUGCGGAGCACUUUUUUGGCAUGCUGAAAGAGUAAAGAGAAAUUCAGUCAAACAGCGACCCAAGUUCUCCAUGUGUUGCAAUCAAGGGAAUGUUGUACUUCCUAAGAUGCAAAAACCACCUAAUUUGUUGUAUGAUUUGAUUUUUGGGAACGAUGAACGCAACAGACAUUUCCUUGAAAACAUCAGGUCAUAUAAUUCUAUGUUUUCCUUCACUUCCAUGGGUGGAAAAGUUGACAAGGAGGUCAAUAAAGGGGGCACACUACCAAUAUUCAGAUUGAAUGGGCAAAAUUACCAUAGAAUUGGCAGCCUUCUCCCUACUGAUGGGAAUCAGCCAAAAUUCUUGCAAAAGUACUUAUCUGACCCAAGCGAAGAGAUCACAUUUAGAAUUGCAUCUGUCAGGUGUGACGGUGGUACCUCAUUACAUGAUACAUUGGUGACUGAACUGAAAGACAUGCUGGACACGUACAAUGUUUAUGCACAGUCUUUUAGGAUGGCGAGGGAUAGAUUCAAUGAAUCUAAUUCGACUUCAUUGAAAAUGAAGCUAACAGGCAAGAGGAACUCAGAAGGUCGUACGUACAAUACCCCCACCGUAAGCGAAGUAGCUGCC